AUGUUCAGUUCAGACCUCAGAGAGCUUUCUGUGAGGCGUAUCAGAGACUGGAGCUCUGUGAAGAUGUACAGGUGUUUGAUCAAAGAUUUCGAGACGCGUCCAUCAGUGAUGCAUCUGCUGGAGCAUCCGUUCAUUAAACAGGCCCAUGGGAAAGACACGUCUCUGAGGAAUCAGCUGUCAGUCCUCAUCCGCGAGCAACAAGACGUGGGCAGCAGGACCAGGACCACCAGGCAUGAGCGGAUCAACACACGGAAAACCCUGAUCAUUGAGAUCUGUCCUGAUGAUGAUCUGGUGAACCUGGAGGUUUUAGAUGAGGAAACAAUCAUUACACAUCUUCAGAAGCGGUAUCAGGAUCUGCAGAUCUACACGUAUGUUGGUGAUAUCCUCAUAGCCCUUAACCCCUUCCAGAACCUGAGCAUCUACUCUCCACAGUUCUCAAAGCUCUAUCAUGGGAUGAAACGCUCCACUAACCCCCCACACAUCUUUGCCACUGCUGAUGCAGCCUAUCAGAGCAUGGUCACCCUCUCCAAAGACCAGUGCAUAAUCAUUAGUGGAGAAAGUGGAGCUGGUAAAACGGAGAGCGCUCACCUCAUCGUCCAACAUCUCACAUUUCUGGGCAAGGCUAACAAUCGUACACUUCGUGAGAAGAUUCUUCAAGUGAAUCCCCUGGUGGAGGCGUUUGGUAAUGCAUGCACGGCCAUUAAUGAUAACUCAAGCCGUUUUGGAAAGUACCUGGAGAUGAAGUUUACACCCACGGGGGCGGUGAUGGGUGCUAAGAUCUCUGAAUAUCUUCUGGAAAAAUCCAGAGUCAUCAAACAGGCUACGGGCGAGAAAAACUUCCACAUAUUUUACUAUAUCUAUGCUGGUCUUUACCACCAAGACAACCUCAAGAAAUACAGGCUACCCAACAAAACUGCUCCCAGAUACAUUGAUUGUUUUAAUGGUAAAGUAAUGCAGGAGAUCAUCUCUAGCAAACUGUACAAGGAGCAAUUUGGUGACAUUCAGGACUGUUUCCGUAUCAUAGGAUUUACUGAGGAGGAAGUGAAUUCUGUGUACAGAAUUCUAGCAGCCAUUUUAAAUACAGGAAAUAUUGAGUUUACAUCCACCAGCUCCCAACAUCAGAGCGACAAGAGUGAGGUGCCCAACUCUGAGGCCUUAGAUGAUGCGGCCGCUCUGCUCAGUAUCGGCUCUGAGGAGCUUCAGGAAGCUUUGACCUCCCACUGUGUGGUAACCCGAGGAGAAACCAUCAUUCGCACCAAUACUGUGGACAAGGCCACUGAUGUGAGAGACGCCAUGUCUAAAGCUCUGUACGGACGUCUCUUCAGCUGGAUUGUGAACCGCAUUAAUGCUCUGCUACAGCCUGACACUAACAUCUGUGCGGCUGAGAGUGGAAUGAACGUGGGGAUUUUGGACAUCUUUGGUUUCGAAAACUUCAAGAAGAACUCAUUUGAGCAGCUGUGCAUCAACAUCGCUAACGAACAGAUCCAGUUCUACUUCAAUCAACACAUCUUUGCCCUGGAACAGAUCGAGUAUCAGAGUGAGGGUGUAGAUGCCAGUCUGGUGGAGUACGAGGACAACAGGCCCAUUCUAGACAUGUUUCUUCAGAAGCCCAUGGGUUUACUGUCUCUCCUGGACGAGGAGAGCCGUUUCCCACAGGCCACUGACCAAACACUCGUUGAUAAGUUUCAGGAUAACCUGAGAAACAAGUACUUCUGGACACCCAAGCGUGUGGAGCUUUGCUUUGGGAUCCAGCAUUAUGCGGGCAAGGUCUUGUAUAACGUCAGUGGUUUCCUGGAGAAGAACCGAGACACUCUUCCCGCAGACAUCGUGGUGGUUUUGAGAACGUCAGAGAACAAGCUUCUGCAGCAGCUGUUUUCCAGUCCUCUGACUAAAACAGGAAACCUGGCCACAUCCAGGGCAAGAGUGACAGCAGCGUCCAGAUCUCUGCCUCCACAACUGAGCAGCGGGAGGAAUAAGUCUCCUAAAUACCUGUUAAAGGUGGACACAAUGGAAAUGAUGCGUCACCCUGAGGAAACCACUAACAUGAGGAGACAGACAGUGGCGUCUUAUUUCAGGUACUCUCUCAUGGACCUGCUGUCUAAGAUGGUGGUCGGCACACCUCAUUUCGUCCGCUGCAUCAAACCCAAUGAUGACCGCCAGGCUCUGCGAUUCAAUAAGGAGCGUGUAAUGGUUCAGCUGCGUUACACCGGCAUCCUAGAGACUGUCAACAUCCGCCGACAGGGUUAUUCUCACCGGAUACUCAUCGAGGAGUUUGUUAACAGGUAUUACUAUCUGGCCUUCCGUGCCCAUCAGAUGCCAGAAGGCAGUAAAGAGAACGCCAUCAUUAUACUGCAGAAAGCCAAACUGGAACACUGGGUCCUGGGCAAGACUAAGGUGUUUCUGAAGUAUUAUCACGUGGAGCAGCUCAAUCUGAUGUUGCGGGAAGUGAUCGCUCGUGUGGUGUUGAUUCAGGCCUACACCAAGGGCUGGCUGGGGGCUCGGCGGUACCGCAGAGAGAGAGAGAGACGAAACAACGGGGCAGUUAUCAUUCAGUCAGCCUGGAGGGGUCACAUGGCCCGUCAGAAUCUGAAGCUGAUAAAGAAAGAGCGCGAGCAGGCUGCUGUGCAGAUCCAGUCAGCAUACAGAGGCUACAGAGUCAGGAAAGACUACAAACAGAGUCGACAAACAGGAGAAUACACACCUGAAAGAAGAUCUUCCACCAAUCUCAUCUCAGAUGAAAAGGUUGUGUCUGACAGCUCCAGUGACGCGUCUGUGCUGAAGACAGACAAACUGAGUGACAGCAGAGAGAGAGACCGGCUGCAGGGGCGAUCGGCACUGAGCAAGCAAGGUCCGACGGUGAAGCUGCAUCACCGAUCCCCUCGGCGUAGAGGACAGCAGCCCAAGCUCCUGAACAGCCCGGAAGACAGUCUUUAUUACAACCAUCUCAACAGAAGUCUGGAUUAUCAGGGGAGCAAGAGGAAACCCAGAAAACUGGGGCAAAUCAAGCUCCUGGAUGGAGAGGAUGAAUAUUAUCAACUACUGUCCACAAUAGAGUCGGUUCCUGAGGAGGAAGCUUUAUCUGGCCCCUCCCCAAACUCGACUGCCCCUCCCACUAUCUCAUCCAGAUGAGCUGUGCUCCGCCCACCCCUUAGACUCGCGCUGACAGCUGAUUGCCUUUCCCAGUGUUUUGCCACGAAAUGUGCUGUACAUAUAAAAUAAUGAGGAGCGAUUAUUUAUGUAUGCAUUAUUUUCUCAGUAUUUGGAUUUGCGUAUUUAUUAUGAAAGGCAAACGUGCUAUUUAUCCGUUUUCUUAGAAUAAAAAUGAAAAACACAUAUUAUGGUUAAUUGAAUAAGGACUCUCAAAGGCAGCCUGUCGAACUGUUAACAUUUACAAUAAUUUGUUGCCAAACAACGUGAUUAGAUGAGCGAUGGCUGACUCACUGUGCUGCUUUUCUUUCUUUCUUUCUU